CCUGACAGCAAGGAUGACAGUCACUGACGUCUACAAUUCACGAACUAACACGCGACAUGGCACGACUCCACAAAUCACCACCACUAACGAUGAUGACGGUAACGACGGCAUCUAUGAUGACACGGCUACCAUCGCAUCUUCGCGUUUCGCUACCUCGCCGUUGGGUACGUGACGCGACAUCAUUAUGCUGGCCCACCGCCGCCAGCCCGUAUGUUGCAAGGUCACAGAAGGCAAUGUUGCAAUACUGCCUGAAUUAACCAUGACGACCGAUACUGGCAGGCCUCGUCACUGGUGAUCCUUGAGGACUUCUUUUUCAAACCGCCUAUGGUCUCCGAGUUCUGCUUUUUCGAACUUUGCCGCCAGACCAACUCUUUCGAAUAAUGUGGCUCACCCAAUGAAUAUUCAGCUACUGAACGCUCGUUUCACCAUUAUUGCGGAAGAGCGAUCAUCCGGGCGGGAUUCGGAAAUGCUCCGACAGAGAAAAAAAAAACAUGACUCAACGGAAAAAGAGGGUUCUCGCACAAAUACCACCAUGUCUACGAAAACUGGCUCCAUAAAUGCAAGCGUCAAUCAAGUAGGGCAAGAAACAUUUGAACUCGAAGAUAUUCGUCCUACGCCUUCUACAUCCCAGUCGAAUUUUGUACAGGACAAUACUGAACAUUCUGAUGAAGCACCUCUCAACGCGACUUCUUUGCCGCCUAUGGAUCGCGGUUUCGAUGCUUGGGCCUACAUGAUCAGCGCCUGGAUCGUCGAACUCCUCGUCUGGUCUUAUCCCUUUUCCUAUGGUGUUUUCCUCAAUUACUACUCACACGAGUUCAAAGACUCGUCGUCUACGCUCCUUGCGCUUGUGGGGUCUCUUUCAACGGGACUGAUAUACCUCUCAUCGAUAGUGAUUCUUCCUGUAAUCGCACGGUAUCCGGCACGGAAGAAGCAGAUGAUGUAUGCUGGCUUGGCGUUGAGUGUCGCGGGACUGAUCGGGGCUGCAUUUUCGAACACUCCGGAAAUGCUUGUUCUCACUCAGGGCGUCAUGUAUUCGAUUGGUGGAAGUUUCCUUUACUUUCCCGUCAUGACAUGCCUCUUUGAGUGGUUCUCGGACAAGAAAGGAUUGGCAAAUGGACUUAUCUUUUCUGGCACUGGUGUUGGUGGUGUCGUCAUGCCAAUUAUCACUGAAGCACUGCUCAAUAAGUACGGACGCAAGGUAACAAUGCUAGCCUUGGCGACCAGCUUUGCUCUCCUCGUGCUCCCCGCGUUCCCAUACAUCAAACCUCGUGUCCCGGCAUCUCAUAUCGUCCAUCAAAGGCCGAUAGACACUCAGUUCCUCAAGUGCCACCCUUUCUGGGUCCUGUUCGUUGCAAACUUGGUUCAAGGACUGGGAACAUUCUUGCCUACGUUGUAUCUACCAACCUUUGCGACGGAUCUAGGACUGAACAAUGCGACCUCAGUUGGAACCUGGUCCUUAUCCCUAAUGAACGGUGCCUCUGCUCCCGGUCUGAUCUUCAUAGGUUACCUCUCCGACCGAUUUGACUUGCGCAUAUCAAUCUUCAUCUCCGCCCUCGGCUCAUCUCUCGCUGUCCUCUUCAUCUGGGGCUUCACCACCCACAUCGCGCCAUUACUCGUCUUUGCCUGCAUCUACGGUUUCCUGGCCCCUAGCUGGUCGGCAAUGUGGCCCCGUUUCAUAUCAACGGUAGCAGGCGACGACCCCCACCAGGCAUCUAUCAUGAUGGGCAUCUUCAUGGCUGGACGAGGAGUGGGGAACGCUCUUUCGACGCCUAUCUCGUCCGGGUUGUUGCACCCUUGGGCGUUCACGGGGAAAUCGAUAUUCCCCUACAGCUUGGAGGGUUAUGGUCCUCUCAUUCUGUUCACGGGUAUCACGCUGCUUGUGAGCACACUUGGAAUCAGCUAUCGCAAGCCGGACCGUACUACUACAAAUAUUGCCGAGAGGAUGCCGAGGAGGUUCAGGCGCGCGUCGAUAUCGCCGCCGUGAUUGUUAGUAGAGUCAAAUCAAAAGUACGGGACUGGCAAUGUUGCCACUAGAUGCCUCACAACCACUGUACUGUAAUAUCGGACAUUUCGUUUAAUAAUUUAUAUCCUACAUUUCAUAU